CUGUAGACUGUAACUGUACUGUACCACUCUUGUGAAAUCUAAAAGCCUAUUAUUUCUCCCAUUCCUCUUUUACCUCAUAACCAAGUUAACAACUAUUUCAAAUGAACAAAAAACAUUCUCAUCACUCAUCUCACCUCUAUUCAACAAUGGCACCCAAAACAAACCACUCAAACACUUUCAUCAUCUUCUUACUACUCACAACUACUACAUUCUCCAACUCAACCAAACUCAACAACAAAACCAAACCCUCUCUCUCAGAUCCUACAUCUCUUUUAGCAUUCAAAUCAAAAGCUGACCUAAACAACCACCUCAACUUCACAACCAAAACCCCAUUCUGCAACUGGCAAGGCGUAGAAUGCAACAACGAACACAAAGUCAUUCGUCUCAUUCUCCGCAACUUAGAUCUCGGUGGUUUUUUUCCUUCUCGGACACUCUCCAAUCUCGACCAACUCCGUGUACUCAGUUUACAGAAUAACUCCCUCACCGGAACCAUACCCAAUCUCUCCGGUCUUUUCAACCUCAAAUCACUCUUUCUCGAUAAUAACUACUUCACUGGUUCAAUCCCAUUUUCUAUAUUCUCUCUUCACAGACUUAAAACUUUGGAUUUCUCUCAUAACAAUCUCUCUGGAAAUAUUCCUACGCAUUUCAUUAACGUUGAUCGUCUUUACUAUCUUCGUUUAAGCUUCAACUCUUUCAACGGUACUAUUCCUCCGUUUAAUCAAUCUUCUCUCAAAACUUUUGAUGUUUCCGGUAACAAUCUCUCCGGUGCAGUUCCGUUAACCACUGCGUUGUCUCGUUUUCAGCCUUCUUCUUUUGCUUUAAACCCUAACCUCUGUGGAGAGAUUAUUCGGAGAGAAUGUCGUCCAUCAACGCCGUUUUUUUCUCCGGCUACUCCUCCGACGGUUGGACUUAACCAGAGUGCGAAGGUUCAUGGAUUAAUCCGGCAGCCGUAUGGAAAGAAACAUGAUCGGAGAGCGGUGAUAAUCGGAUUUUCAACUGGAAUCGUUUUUCUGUUACUUUCUCUAGCGUGUUUCGCGGUGGUGAUAAAGAAACAGAGAAAGAAAAAGGGAAAAGGAACUUCUGGAUCGAGUGUGAUGGCUUCUGACACGGCGGCGGCGACGGUGGAGGAAGCGGUGGUGAUGCAAAUGGAGCAAGAGAGAGAGUUAGAACAAAAAGUAAAAAGAGCGCAAGUUGCAAAGAGUGGGAGUUUAAUAUUCUGUGCGGGUGAGUCUCAGGUGUAUACGCUGGACCAGUUGAUGAAAGGUUCUGCGGAGCUAUUAGGAAGAGGGUGUUUAGGAACAACUUAUAAAGCGGUGCUUGAUAACCGUUUGAUUGUAACAGUGAAGCGUCUUGAUUGUGCGAAAAUGGGUGGGUAUGUUAGUAAGGAUGUUUUUGAGCGUCACAUGGAAUCAGUUGGUGGUCUUCGUCAUCCGAAUUUGGUUGCUGUUAGGGCUUAUUUUCAGGCUAAUCAAGAGAGGCUUAUUAUCUAUGAUUAUCAGCCUAAUGGAAGUCUCUUCUCCCUCAUUCACGGUUCCAGAUCAAGCAGGGCAAGGCCAUUACACUGGACCUCAUGCUUGAAAAUAGCAGAGGACUUAGCACAAGGGCUUUCCUACAUCCACCAGGCAUGGAGACUGGUCCAUGGAAAUCUCAAGUCGACCAAUGUUCUCCUAGGACCUGAUUUCGAAGCUUGCGUCACAGACUACUGCCUGUCUGUGUUGACCAACCCAUCUACCUUUGACGAGGUUGGUGAUUCUGCACCUUAUAGAGCCCCGGAGACCCGCAAUCCAAAUCAUCAGCCAACCCCCAAAUCUGACGUUUAUGCAUAUGGUAUUUUGUUACUAGAGCUUUUAACUGGGAAAUAUGCUUCUGAGCUUCCAUUCAUGGUUCCUGGUGAUAUGUCAAAAUGGGUGAGAUCUAUCAGGGAUGACAAUGGGAGCGAAGAUAACAGAAUGGAUAUGCUUCUUCAGGUGGCUACAACUUGUAGCUUGAUCUCUCCAGAGCAGAGGCCCACAAUGUGGCAGGUCUUGAAGAUGUUACAAGAAAUCAAAGAGAUUGUACUCUUGGAGGAUAGUGAGCUGGACCUACGUAGUAGCAAUGCCAUUGCCAUGUCUUAGUAUUCUUUUGUUUUUGGGUAUGUUAUAGAAGGAGGAUAGAAAGACAAAAGAAUAGUAUGAACUGGUGUAAAAACAAUUAAAAGUGAGGUACAGAAAGUUAUAAACUUCACUAUCUUGAUAUUAAUUAGACUCUUGGAAUGUUGAUAGAAUGUGGGGUGCACCUAACUUCCUUUAUUAGGCUUGUCUGGUUGUAUUUAGCACUGCCUCGCAGAGUCCUGAGCUUGAUUCGAUUUAAAAAGGUUAUAUCAGUUAAGGAAUUGUUAGCAAGCAAUUAUGUUAAGGCUAAGGCUCAAUUCUGCAUUCAGAUUCGGAUUCAGUCUAUAACUCAAUACACUAAUUAGGAGCAUUUAUAUUUCUAAGGUGCUGAUUUGGUGAUUGGUAAUACAAUUGGUUAAAAAAUAAUGCAAUUGAAAGAGAAUAGUACAAGAAAAAUACGAAACAGUCUUUUUGGUGGCUGAUUUGUAUCUAGAAUUGUAACAGGUGGCUGUAGCAAUAAAGUCCAAAGGAUGGGAAGAUGAUGUCUUCACAUGUUCGUGAGCUGUUUAUAAACACAUUGCAAGACAAUGCUGCUGUUGAUCAGUUCGCUUCUUUGUUUGUCGAGUGAAUUGACAGUCAAAGACUUCAAAAAAUCGUUACACAAGAAUGUCUACAGCUUUGAAAAUUUUCAA